GUCGUCGUUCUUUUCUGCCACUAGGACACUUUCGUCGACCUUCAUUUCUAAAGUUCUGACAGACUGUUCAUCAAAGCCUAAGCAGGCACAUGAAGAUUACGUUCAUGGACGCUUGGCUUCUUGGGCUCCUCGUCUGUCACCUCUCGAAACUAGGUCUUUCGGAUGCUUGUUCUUUUCGUCCUCUCUAUCCUACGCGCUGCUCAGGCAGUGUCUUUUCAUAAUGUCUCGAUACCGAACAAUAGUUCCGAGAUUGUAUACACUCCUUUCCUCUGUGAUUCCGAAGGUGGCGGGGAUUGCAAGGGUGGAUGGCAAGCUCUUGACGUCAAUGGUACUACCGUUAUGUCAACCGACGGUCUCGACGAGGACGGACCUGCGAUAAUACCUCAGAUGUUCCUGCAGAUCUAUGCCGCUGCACUCUUCAUCACGACCUCUCCUCAAUCUAACGCAACGAUCAAUAUCACGGUAUCUGCCGGUAACAGAUCAAUAGAGCAGCAGUUUCCGCCACCACUGUCCACUAUCACGGUCGUCGACCUCAUCGAAGACGAGCUCACGACUUUCAGCAUUACAUUUAUCAACGGGACUCGGCUGGAUGUCGGGACGCUGAUAGCACAGGUCUCGGACUCUUCUACACGUUGCCCCCUGCUAUAGUUAUGCCUUCGUCUACAACCAUACUGGCAUCACCAACCGGAGGCUCAAUGAACAAUAGUAAGCGACUGGCGCUCG